AUGAGCCCUGACCACGACACCGCCCUCGAAAACGCAAACCUCAAAGACUUCAUCCUCGUGGAACGCUCACCAACACGCUGGUUUCUCCUCUUCAUCGCCACUUUCGACCUCAACCCCCUCGACGGCGUCCGAAUCCUCGUCAAACAUCUCCCAGAACCCAGCCGGCGGGACUUAUGGAAUUACCAACGAUACGGCACAUGGGUGUUCGAGAUUCAGUCCUCAGAGCUCGAUUUGAUUCCCAUGUCGGUCUUGACCCAGCGGGAUGAUAUCUUCACCGCGAAGCCCUCGGUGGAGAAGUUGAAGGAGUUGAUGGGUGGUGGAUGUUUGUUCGAUGGGUGCGAGGAUGGGCUCGUUACGACAAACGGCGACACGCAGCUUGCGGUCCCAUGGAGAAGGUCCCUGGAGAGAAUCAUUGCGAACGGUCCGGGUCGAGAGGCGAAGACUCUGUGUCCGUUCUGUAUGGGUUGGGAGCUGUUUGAGCGCCAUGAGCAUCUUGCCAACGCAUGGACCAUCGACCGGUAUCCUGUCGAAGUGGAGAGGACACAUCGAGAGGCUAUCAAUGAGAAGCGAGAGCAACUGGGUUGUGAGCGGCUACUGCCCGGGAUCCAGUUAUCAACUCUCACCUUCGGGGUGCAGCGAGCCCGGCCGAACCAUCCAGCUAGAGCGCGAGUGCCUGUUACCAAGACACCAGAACCAGAGCUAUCCACACAUCUGUUCGGAUGGUUCAAGCACGCACAGGAGCGAGUCCUGGGCGAUGGAUGUGCAAUUUGCCGAGAGAAAUUCCAGGACGGGGAAAGCAUAGCCGACUUACCUUCAUCCGGUGCCUUUGCAUUAAAGACUGCGUUGUACUGGCACCGAGGACGAAGCCACGGUAACGUAGUGUCGAUCCGCGAAGCUCCAAAGGUAUUCCAAAACCCCAUCUCCACGUCCAAUGUUGCAGAGUGGCAUAUGUUUCUCGAGCAGGAUUCAAGAAGGCGUCAUACCAGACGGAUCGCCAGGUCACAGGGGCUUCAUGGUGGCCUCAUGGGCACAGAUGUCGCAUUGUACCGUUGCUGGUCGCUGGACAGCCUUGCUCUUGGUGCUUUUGGAUCUUGCCUACAUCGAUCCAUCUGCUAUUUCAAACGUUCCAUACCAAAUGUACACUUCCACAGGGCAGAGGUAUCAUGCUCUUAUCUUGCAGCUCAUCGCGAGGAACAAGCCGUGACAUUCGGUAUUCGGGAUUGCCCGCAUUCGCCACUCUGCACGACAUCUACUCCUGCUGACGUACGAGACUUCAGGCUGGACUUAUCAACAGACGAUGCUGGUCCAAUUGUCUGCCCUCAUGGGUUCCGCCGAGGUCGUAUGCGCAAUGUCGUCGGCACACCCUUGCUAGAAACAGCUGGUCUGGUUGCCGUACAUCUGGGAGUCGUUGGCACAGGGUACUCUCCACAUGACUUCCCGCUCGCACGGGAUGAAGCGCCCGGCUUUCGAAGGGUGCAUGAACAGCCAAGAACAGGACCAACCAGAGGCUCAGCUGUCAAGACUAGCUGCAUCGUAAUGGAGGGUAGGGGAAGCGACCUUGCCUGA